AUGUCUCUAUGCGCGAAGCCAAACCACGUCCGCACUAGGCAAGUCUACGCAGUACAGAACGUUGAGAUUUUGCCACAUCAGACAACAGAGAUCGCUGUCAGGCACGCAGCUGCCACGCAUCCAGGCGACGACUGGACUGCCAUGCUCCCGGCAAUCCAAGCGGCCCUUAACAGUUCAGUCAGCGCAAUCAUGGGACACACCCCGCACAAGUUGCUAUACGGUUUCGAGCUCCGCCAGCCGUGGAGUUUACUCCGACAAGUCACUUCCCAGGACAUUUCCGCCAAGGCGGAUGCUGAACACUCGACGGCUUGGGCAGCAAUGCGGAUAAAACAACACUAUGACAGUCGAAUCGGCCCGCGUUGUCACCGAAAUGCUCCUCGUGAGCUGUUGCCAUUUUUCUUGUACUUCCGGUCCAAGUAA